ACACUUCUUUACCUGCCUGAAGAAUUUUAAAGCAUAGCGUUACACUGCGUUGUCAGUGACUAUAUUACCAUAGAACAGCUGUGAGCUUUGACGUUUCUAAAGCAUAAUAAUUUAGUUUAUUCAAUUUUCUCCGCUACUAUUUCCGACCAAAUAAAAUAAACUAUUUAUAAAGAGUUGCAAUGUCUUUGGGACCAUUUUUGCGUACUCCUUUUACGGAUUUGACUGGAUGUUUGAUCAAUCACCAAACCUAUGAGAAAUGUGGAAAGAUGGAAAUGGAAAUGAUGGAAUGUCUUGAAGCUUACGGAGUUGAAAGGGGUCAAAAAAUGUGUACUGAUAUUAUUGCAGAUUUCAGUGAAUGUGUUGGUGUACAGAAGCAACUAAGGAGGUUCCAUGCAAUGCGUAAUGAACGGCUAAAACAAUACUAUUUUGGUGACCGUAAAAAGGAAGAACUAUUUGCGGAUCCUCCUAGAGUUGAUGCUUUCUAAUAAACAAAAUUUAAUGAAGUUUCUUGAAAAGUUUGGAUUUUGCUUUUGCUAAAGAAUUUUGUUCUGCAUAUGCAUAUAAAAAAAUAGUAUGUCUAUUGGUUAAGGUCCGCAAUAUAUUUAGUAAAAGUAAAUAGAUAGUAAAUCCUUUCAAUCAUUUAUAUGACUGCAAAUGCAUGAAUAGAAAAACGUCAUUCAAAAUAUUUGUAAACAUUA